UGUGCAGCAUGCAACUCGGAAACAUGGCGGAUUUCGGUUCUCCUGGAACUCCGAGUCGACACGAAAAAUCUCUUGGAUUGCUCACWACAAAAUUUGUGAGUUUACUCCAAGAGGCAAAAGAUGGCGUCUUAGAUCUCAAAGUUGCGGCAGAUACUUUAGCAGUUCGACAGAAGCGAAGAAUAUACGAUAUUACUAAUGUUCUUGAGGGAAUCGGACUCAUCGAGAAGAAGUCAAAGAAUAGCAUUCAGUGGAAGGGAGCUGGUCCAGGAUGCAACACAAGRGAAAUAUCCGACAAAUUAGUUGAUUUAAAACGAGAACUUGAAGACCUUGACUWUAAAGAAAAAGAAUUAGAUGAACAGCGAAUAUGGGUUCAACAAAGUCUAAAAAACAUAUCAGAGGACACUGAAAAUGAGAAGCUUGCAUUUGUAACAUAUGAYGACGUGUGUAAAUCAUUUACUGGCGAUACUUUACUUGCUAUUCAAGCGCCAUCUGGAACACAACUUGAAGUGCCAAUCCCUGAAGUGCACCAUCCAGGAAUGUCGAGACGAUAUCAAAUUCAUCUCAAAAGUCAAGCUGGACCAAUUCACGUUCUUCUUGUAAACAAGGAUGCAUCWGCUGAUAGUCCUGUAGUCACUCCCGUACCUCCUCCUUGUGCAGAGACAAAUGGCAACAGUGCACAAAGCCUCCAGCAAGAGGCAAUGGAAACUGAUGUGCCAAAGUCAACUCUUAGCAAAUCCAAUGCUGGUGCAGGCACUAGUAGUGGUGUUAAAACAGAGGUGGUGGAGUCAAGUCAAGCUAAAGAGCUUAAAGAAGUUGCUAAUGACAUAAUCUUUGGAAAUGGUAAAGARCCUGGUAAUAUUGCUGAUGAAGUAAUAGAUGAACUUAUGUCAGCUGAAGUUUAUGCACCUUUAUUAAGACUGUCGCCACCACCUGGYGAUCAUGAUUACUAYUUCAAYUUGGACGACAACGAGGGAGUUUGUGAUCUUUUUGAUAUUCCAAACCUGGACACCAUGAACCUGUCUUCAGCAUCUUGAAGGAAUGGAUCUGUAGCAUUUAUUUGAUUGUAUMCUAAAAGCUAGACUGAUAAAAUUAUAAGCAUACUCUAGAAUCUCUUUAUUUGGGCUCUGUACAUGGGCCUUAAUUACUCAGUGUUCGUAAGAUUGAGGUGCUGACAUACCAGACAUAAUAUGGAGCUUUAUGGAACCUUUAUUAGGACUCCAAAGUGCUACUUAAAGGUUUCCAUGAUAUGGAGGUAAUAUAGGGACACUGAAAAGCGUCCAUAAGAUGUAGGUGUUGAUAUACAAUUAAGAGCUGUGGAUUGUCUAAUAUAUAGACACCAAAGGACCAUUGAAAAUUGUCCAUGAUAUACAGGUGCUGACAUAUCAUCUUUGAUAUGGAGCCAUURGGGAACAUCUAAUAUAGACACAAAAGGACCUUUGAAAAAGUACUUAGUGGUGCUAAAAGCUAUUGGGCUUUGGUCAUAAUGGGACAUUUUCAAGUGUCCGUAAUAACUAAGGUGCUGUAAUAUGUAUGAAGAUAUGGGACCUYUACUGGUGACAGCAAAUUGGAUUUCUUAGUGUCUAUAUUAUAUGAAUGCCCAAGGACCAUCCGGGUUUUCAGUAAAAACUAUAAGUAGAUGUCAAAAUAGAACAAAUACUUAUCAGUUUUCUGCAAUCAGUUAACAAACAACAACCAAAUAAUUCACAAAUAAAUUCGUAAGUAGCGGGCAAUUAACUAUAUACACCAGCUAUAACUGGUGAUUUUCGCCGGCUGGCGUCUUCUACUGAGAACCCUGGACCAUACGAUUUGAUGAAUCUACUUGAUUCCUACAUGCAAUUCAAGCUUUGUUAACUAAUCUAUCUUCGAUUACAUAAUAUAGUUUAAAAUCCAUAGACUUCAAUAUUGACACAAAUUAUGCAAACAAUUUGCCUGUCAUGGAUAGGUUUCACUGGUUUGUGACAUUCAUAACAUCAACAAUUAUCAUUCUGUUCUCAUAAUUAUGAUGAAUAUUCUUUAGCUUUUACUAGUAGAAUGUUAUAAAAGCUUUUGGUCUACAUUAGACCACUAAAAUCUUUGAAGUUAUUCUAAACAAUGAGCCAAUGUGAAAAUUCAUACCUUUUUUCGUGAAAGCUAGUAAAAAAUUGAAUGUCUUCUUUUGUAUGUAUGAAAAGCUAUAUAGCACUAUAUKUUUUGGUAGAAAGGUUAAUUCACAAACUACUUUGCUCAUUCAGCUUUUUUUGCCCUGAUUGAAACAAGAAUUUUGCUUUGUGACUUGAGAAGUUCAGCUGAAACAAUUGCAUUGCAAGAUGGUAAUUUUACCAAGUUGCCUGAAUUGUAUUCAAAAUCACUACGCCACUAGUUMCUUACUCAAAGAAUAUUUAUUUAAAAAAAUCAAGGCYUUGUGCCUUUACAUUCAUUUCUGMUUUUGGCRAAACAAUAUCUCAGCUCAGAGCUGAAUAAUUUGUUUCUUGUUUAAUUGAAAUGUUACGCAGAGAAUUCAAAGAUUACAACGAUAUUAAAUGCGAAUUUUGCAACACUAAGAAUAGCUACACUACUGAUUAYAGUGAAUAAUUCUAGUCUCGUUGCUUAGUUGUUUGACUUAGAAGUUUAAUUAGAGGGUUUUGAUAUGAAUUAUGUCAGGGAUUAUAACAUUUUGUAUGAUAGGAAUAACAAAAUUAGCUAAUAAUGAUUCUCUUAUAGCUUGUUAGGAGCACAUUCUUAGGAAUCCAGGAGAUUUAUUCCACCAAUUAAGACCAAAUUAGACAACACAACUUUURCCUACAGCCAUCACUUCCAACCUGAGUAAGUCUUUCUUGCAACAUGGCUACAACUCUGAUAGAGCUAGUAAAAAUAUUUUUUUCAAUCUCUUCAACAGUGUUKUAGCCAGCUUACAAGGAUGGCUUAYGCAGAUGGCAURCAACAGUUGUAGAUAAAAGAUGUGCCAUCAAAUUUGACCUUUAGGCCUACAUAUCAUUSAGGGUCAUACAAUAUGACAUUACGYUGUGAARUUGGWUUUAAAAUUUUCCUCUAGCUCUUGACACAGUCAUUCUACUUAUUCUACAAUAAUAAGACAAAUAUUAAUAUUUGAAAGAAUUAUUUCAAUAGUUUGGUGGAAUAAGCUCAGAAAUAAUGGUUCAUACAURACUUUGUGUGUAUUAUUUUUCAAGAUAUAUAUUUUAGUGGAAUGGGAAAACAAUACUGGGUUCCUAUGAAUGUACUAAUAUUUGUAUCACCUCUAGCAUUUUUGUGAUGUCAAUGGAAGAUUAGGUCUAAAAGAAAAGGGAUGAAAUACUUUCCUAAUGUGCCAUGGGCACCACCAGGCUCUUUGCACUAAUACAAAGCACUCAUUCACAGAUACGAAUCCAAAUUACAACAACCUUAAGUUAAUUUAUAGAUUUUUUGUGGAAAAAUUAUUUGUGUGUGUAAUUGUACACCCUUGCAUAUUUUUGUAUAUAUCUUAUAAUAAAGCAUUUAUCCAAGAAAAACU